AUGGCUCAGGGAAAUAAUUAUGGACAGACCAGCAACGGGGUGGCAGACGAAUCACCCAACAUGCUGGUGUACAGAAAGAUGGAAGAUGUCAUAGCACGUAUGCAAGAUGAAAAAAAUGGAAUUCCUAUCCGUACCGUCAAAAGCUUCCUUUCCAAGAUCCCCAGUGUCUUUUCUGGGUCAGACAUUGUUCAGUGGUUAAUAAAGAACUUAACUAUAGAAGAUCCAGUGGAGGCUCUUCAUUUGGGAACGCUAAUGGCUGCCCAUGGCUACUUCUUUCCCAUCUCAGAUCAUGUCCUCACACUCAAGGAUGAUGGCACCUUCUACCGGUUUCAAACACCCUAUUUUUGGCCAUCAAAUUGUUGGGAGCCAGAAAACACAGACUAUGCUGUUUACCUCUGCAAGAGAACAAUGCAAAACAAGGCAAGGCUAGAGCUUGCAGAUUACGAAGCCGAGAGCCUGGCCAGACUGCAGAGAGCUUUUGCCCGGAAGUGGGAGUUCAUUUUUAUGCAAGCAGAAGCACAAGCUAAAGUGGACAAGAAGAGAGACAAAAUUGAAAGGAAGAUCCUCGAUAGUCAAGAGAGAGCAUUCUGGGAUGUCCACAGGCCUGUGCCUGGAUGUGUAAAUACUACAGAAGUGGACAUUAAGAAAUCAUCCCGGAUGAGAAACCCACACAAAACACGCAAGUCUGUCUAUGGUUUACAAAAUGACAUCCGAAGUCACAGUCCCACCCACACACCUACACCAGAAGCCAAGCCUCCUACAGAAGAUGAGCUGCAGCAACAGAUAAAAUACUGGCAAAUACAGUUAGAUAGGCAUCGGUUAAAAAUGUCAAAAGUUGCUGAUAGUCUACUAAGUUAUACAGAACAGUAUGUAGAGUAUGACCCAUUUCUUGUGCCGCCUGACCCUUCCAAUCCAUGGCUUUCAGACGAUACGACUUUCUGGGAACUUGAAGCAAGCAAAGAACCAAGCCAACAGAGGGUAAAACGAUGGGGCUUUGGCAUGGAUGAGGCAUUGAAAGACCCAGUUGGGAGAGAGCAGUUCCUUAAGUUCCUAGAAUCAGAAUUCAGCUCAGAGAACUUAAGGUUCUGGCUGGCAGUGGAGGACCUGAAGAAAAGGCCUAUCCGAGAGGUCCCCUCUCGAGUGCAGGAAAUAUGGCAAGAAUUUCUGGCUCCUGGGGCCCCCAGUGCCAUUAAUUUGGAUUCUAAGAGUUAUGACAAGACCACACAGAAUGUGAAGGAACCAGGACGAUACACAUUUGAAGAUGCUCAGGAGCACAUUUACAAGCUGAUGAAGAGCGACUCAUACCCCCGAUUUAUAAGAUCUAGUGCCUACCAGGAACUUCUACAGGCAAAGAGAAAGUCUGGAAACUCAAUGGAUCGCAGAACAUCUCUUGAGAAAUUUGCACAGAAUGUGGGCAGAAACAUCCCCAUUUUCCCAUGCCAUAAAAACUGUACACCAACACUGAGGGCCAGCACUAACCUGUUAUGA